CAAAAGGAUAACUCAUCUCGAAAGCAAUCCUCCGGUCUGUCGCUCACGCAAAGGAACCCAUUCGACUGUGGAAACUGAUUCAGUGUUGUCAUUCCGGUGUCUGCUCAGAGCCUCCGGCGUUUGCUCUGGUGUCUGCUCUAGGAGCUUCAAAAUCCUACAUUAGACGCUCACAUAUCCCAUACUAAGCCAGCAAAACCAAGUCACACUUUACGUACGGCACAACAUGUCAACGACAGAAUCCCAGAGCAAGAAGAAAUGCGCGGUCCUGGGUGCAACAGGAUCUGUCGGGCAGAGAUUCAUCCUCUUGCUUGCUGAUCACCCCAUGCUCCAUCUACAAGCGGUGGGCGCCUCGUCAAGAUCCGCUGGCAAGCAGUACAAGGAUGCUGCUCGGUGGAAACAACAGAGGCAAAUGUCUAGCGACUUAGCCAAGCUGGUAGUCAGGGAGUGCAAAGCCAGCAACUUCUCCGAUUGUGAUUUGGUCUUUUCCGGUCUGGACAGCGACGUUGCUGGAGAAGUUGAAAUGGAAUUUCUCAAAGCAGAAAUCCCUGUCUUUUCCAAUGCCAAAAACUAUAGGAGGGAUCCAAUCGUACCAUUAGUGGUACCCACAGUCAACAUCUCUCAUCUAGGACUCAUUCCUCACCAGCGGAAACACUUCGGCCUCAAGAAGGGUUUCCUCGUCUGCAACUCCAACUGUGCAGUGAUUGGCAUUGUCAUUCCGUUUGCAGCAUUACAGGCCAAAUUUGGGGAGGUCGAGGAUGUAGAAGUCUUCACGGAGCAAGCAGUAUCUGGAGCAGGAUAUCCUGGUGUCCCCACUAUGGACAUCAUGGACAAUGUUAUCCCAUAUAUUGCCGGAGAGGAGGACAAGUUGGAAACAGAAGCUCAGAAGAUUCUGGGCUCGAUCAACUCAGAAGCAACAGCAUUUGAAGAGCAAUCAGGUCUUACAGUUGGCGCCACCUGCACGCGAGUGGGAGUUACCGAUGGUCAUAUGGCUUUCGUCUCUCUCCGAUUCAAACAAAGGCCUCCACCAAGCGCCGAACAGGUCAAGCAAGCUAUGAGGGACUACGUGGCCGAAGCACAGAAGCUGGGUUGUCCAUCAGCUCCCGAGAAAGCCAUUGUUGUUUUCGAUGAACCAGAUCGACCACAGCCACGACUUGACCGGGACAUUUCAGGUGGCUACGCCGUCAGUGUGGGAAGGGUCCGGGAGGCUGCCAAGGGGUCACACUUCGACAUCAGGUUUGCUGCUCUGAGCCACAAUACCGUGAUUGGAGCAGCGGGAUCUAGUAUACUCAACGCAGAGGCGGCCAUCAUACAAGGUCUGAUAUAAGAUGUAUGUGGUAGUAAGAUAGAAAUGUAGAUUAGUCUAAAGAUGCAGCUGAAGAUACUCCGACUCUUCAAAUGACACGCCAUCUGUCUUUUGAA